UUUUAUCCUUAGAAUUUUCUAAAUAACUUUAUAUUAUCUAAGCGAACCUUGUUUUUUUUUCCAAGGAUCAACUCUACAGUGAAGAAGGCCUUAAUUUGUUACACAGAACAAAUGUCGACACCAGAAACUCAGUCUAUUGAUCUUACAAAGCUAUCUAUAGAGCAGCUUUCCGAGUUGGUGAAGCAGCUGAACUCGGAAAUUGAUUACCUGGCGACUUCUAGUGCUCAACUUUCUCAAGCUUUAACUAAGUUUACUGAGUGCAUUUCUUGCGUUAAGAACGUGGUAAAGGAUGAGAAUAAUGGAAAAGAAAUUUUGGUCCCUUUAACAGCCAGUCUUUAUGUUCCAGGCCGUUUUAAGUUAAAAGAUAACAAGGUCCUCGUUGACAUUGGAACCGGUUAUUUUGUUGAAAAGACAGCAGAGGAAGCUGCCGUGUACUAUGAGGGAAAAUGUGAAUACUUGAGAAAGAGCAUUGGGGGUUUAGAAGGAGCAAUUGAUGCUAAGAAUGCUCAAGUUAGAGCUGUCCAACAAAUUACACAAGAAAAAUUCAUGAAGGAAAGAAAAACUGCUGCUAAGUAACUAACAGUUGCCCACAAGAAUAAUUGAGAACAUUAAGGAUUUAACGGAAGUUUACUUUAUGGAAUGAGUGUUGGAUUUUCAGUCGCCCGAACUCCAGCACGUGUUGCUGCAGCCUGAAGAUGUAGUAUUUUGGCUGUAAGUAAUGCCUCGGAUACAAGGUCUUCCAUUUCGUGUGUUCGUUCUUCUUCAGUGAGUUUUCCUCUCCGAUGAACAGUCUAUAAUGUGUUAGAAGAGCCAUUGUCAUAGAGCAUAAAUAACAAUCGUGUCUACGAAUUCUUUGUAACGCUGUACAUA